AUGUCGCAAAAGGGAAAAGGCAGCGCCGGCUCGGGCAAGGGCAAAAAGCCCGCCAAAUCGGGCGCCGAAAGCAAGGGCGAGGACGUCCUUCAGGCGGUGAUCCUUGCCGACUCAUUUCAAGACAGAUUCAAGCCAUUCACCAUCGGCAAACCGAGAUGUCUUCUCCCCCUCGGCAACACGCCACUGAUUGAGUACACCCUCGAGUUCCUGGCCAUGAAUGGCGUCAACGAAGUCUACCUGUACUGCGGGGCCAACACGGACGCGGUCGAAGAGCACAUUAACCGGUCGCGGUGGUCGACGGCCUCGAAAUCCUCACCCUUUUCGCUCAUCCAGUUCAUCCGGGUCGCGGACGCGCGGUCGGCGGGUGAUGUCCUACGAGACCUGGACACGCGGUCGCUCAUCGACGGCGACUUCAUCCUGGUGCACGGCGAUCUGGUGUCCAACUUGCCGCUGGACGCGGUGCUGGCGGCGCACCGGCGACGGCGCGAGGAGAGCGCCCUCAACAUCAUGACGUGCGUGCUGCGCGGCGGCGGGCCGGACGCGCACCGCACAAAGGCCCGCGGCAUCACGCCCAUCUUUGUCAUUGACAACAAAACACAGCGCUGCCUGCACUACGACGAGAUGAGCGCGCUCGGCGGCGGUGGUAGCGGGCACCGCACGCUGCUGGACCCGGCCAUCCCCGAGGAGCUCUCCACCGACUUUGACGUGCGCGCCGACCUCAUUGACGCGCAGGUCGACAUUUGCACGCCCGAGGUGCUCGCGCUGUGGUCCGAGAGCUUCGACUACGAGCUCCCGCGGCGCAACUUCCUCCACGGCGUCCUCAAGGACUGGGAACUCAACGGCAAGAUGAUUUACGCGCACGUGGUCGACGAGGACGGCGGCUACGCCGCGCGCGCCAGCGACCUGCGCAUGUACGACGCCGUCAGCCGCGACGUCCUCGGCCGCUGGACCUUCCCGCUGAUCCCCGAGAACAACCUGGCGCCCGGCGCUGCGUACCGCGCGCACCCGGGCGGCGUCGUCAUCGAGCAGAGCGCGUGGCACGCAUCGAGCGCGCGCCUACGCAACUCCAUCGUCGGCGACCGCGCAUCCAUCGGCCCCGGCGCCACCGUCACAAACUGCGUCAUCGGUAGCGGCUGCGUCAUCGCCGCUGGCGCCACCCUCACCGACGCCUUCCUCUGGAACGAUGUCGCCGUCGACGAGGGCGCCACCGUCACGCACGCCAUCCUCGCCGACGGCGUCAAGAUCGGCAAGGGCGCGACCGUCCAGCCUGGCGCGCUGCUGUCGUUUGGCGUGCGCAUCGGCGACGGCAUGACCGUCCCGGAGGACACGGCCAUCUCGACGCUCUCGGCGCUCGGCAAGCCCGUCACCGCCGACGUCGCGCUCGUCGGUGCCGACGGCGACGGCGCCGCCUUCCACGACCCCGAGGCCGACGAGCUCGAGGAUGACGACCCGGCGCGCCUACAGCGGACGCUGAUCUACUCGACGGCGGGCUUCAACGUGUCGACCUCGUCGGUGUCGACGCUCGCCUCCGAAGCCUACUCGGACGACGACUCCUCCGACGGCGGCGGGGUCGGUGGCGGUGGCGACACGGCGGAGGACGCCGCCGACCGGGAGGCGGCCGCCAGCAAGGCCUCUUUCCACGCCGACGCCGUGCACGGGCUGCUCGACGCGCUGCGCGCCGCCUCGGGCGACUUUGACUCGGCCAAGCUCGAGUUCAUGGGCCUGCGCCUUGCCAACAACGCCUCGGACGAGAUGAUGCGCCGCGCCGUGGCCACCGCGUUCGCGCGGCGCGCCGCAAGGCCGCGGAGACGGCGCUCACCGCGCGCGGGGGCGCGGUCCGCGUUUGCGCUGGCGACGCAGGCGGCGCUGGGCGAGGUCGUGCAGGAAUCCGGGCUGGACGCGGCGAGGGCGGGCACGGUGCUGGCGGCGCUGAUGCAGCAGCUGUACGCGCUCGACGUGCUGGAGGAGGAGGGCAUCCUGGCGUGGUGGGAGGACGGGCGCGCCGCGGCGGAGGGCACGAUGGCGGCGCUGAGGGACAAGUGCAGGGUGCUGGUGGAGUGGCUGGAGAACGCGGAGGAGGAGGAGGAGGAGGAGGACGACGACGACGACGACGAUGACAGUGACGAUGAUGACGAGUAG